UAUUGUAUUUAUCAUUCAUAGUUAUCAUGAGGCAAUCUAGAGCUAUAAACAAACGCAUACAGGUGCAAAAGCCUGCAAUUUUGACAUCACUUGGUACAGCUCAACGAGUAAGAUUUUCUGUUCGAGACAGAAAGCCGAUAACAACACCGAUGGCGAUGGCGAUGAGUUGUGAGGGCACGACAGGUCAACCGCCAUAUUUAGCUGCAAGGAAAAGUCCACUUCCCCAGUCUACUGUGAAAAUUCUAGAAAGUGAAGAAGAAGCUGGGAUUAAAAAUAUAUCUCAAACAAGUGAUAUUGACAUAGUGCCUGAAACAGAGGCAAAUUAUGUCAAAUCAAUGAAAGAGUUGAUGGAGGAGGCUCAAUUCCUGGCAGCUGCAUUGGACCAGAGUGUGGUGUUACCACUGGAUUCUACACCUAUUUCCUGUACAUCAACACAUGGGACAGUCCUGACUAGUGAUGAGGCAAGGGUAGCUGAUAGCAUUCACACAUGUGUAAAACCACAUGAGCAGGCACUUGAAAUCUGCUUUGAAAAGAAAGAGAUUUCCCAUGAACCCAGCACACAAGACAAAUUUUACUUUUCUUCAGAGGAAGAACUUUGCAUCCUGGAAGCCGAGGAAAAUUCGGAAGAAAGAGAAAAACUUGAGGUCAUUGGAUGCAGGAAGCAUUAUUGUGGAAGGAAGAAAGUGAACACAGAAAAAUUAACUGAAAGUGCUGCUCAUGAUAUCGUUGAUACAGAGCAUAUUUCAUUAGCUAGGAAGCAAAUUCAUUACUUCUGCACACUGCCUGACACAGUCUCCCAGCUGCCUAGUUCCUUGCAGACACUUCUGAAGGAAAUUGGGUUAUAUGGAUGGCAAAGAGGAAAACAAGUUGGAAACAAUUUGGAUUUACUGACUAAAGUAGAAAACCAAAAGCUGAACAGUUCUUCUACUACAAACGUGGAGGGAGAACCGAUCGCUGUUCCUAUGCACCUGUGGUGGGCCCCAGCACCUCCCAAACUCUGUCUGCUACCAUCAUAUGUCGAGGCUUGCUUGUUUCCGAACCUCAUACCAGCUGAUCCUAACCUGUAUGAGGAAUCUGUAAUCAGUCAAGGUGAAAGUAACUGUGAGGGAGAAGAUGAGCUCAGACUUAGAGAGCAGUUGGUGUUCAGAAAGCAGCCAUCACUAGACACGCUUUUCCACCGGCCUGUUAACUCUCCUACAUCUACAUCUGCGGAGUCAGCCCCUGAGCUUUGUCCAACUGAAGCAGAUCCUGGUUUCAUUAAUUGGAGUGAAGAUCAAUUGUACGAAGCAUGUGAAAAUGAAUUAGUGGUAAAAGAGACGAGUCAUCCAGAUAGUAGUUACGUCACGACUCGGAGACAAGAAGACAUUGAUAGGUUUUUGGCGCACAUUCCAAGCGUUCUACAAAGGUCACAGUCACAGGAUUUGCAAGAGAGAUAUGUACUUCCAACCUUACAGAGGGCAAAGAGUAUUCCUGAUUCACUGGACUUUGAUGAGUAUGCCUUUGUAGUCGGAAAUCGAAUGAUGGCAGAGAAUGACAGAGAGUGGGUGAGAGAUAUAUGGAACCAAUGGUUUGAUGAGGUAUUUCCACUGCCAGAGAGUGAAAGUAGUGCCAUCGAGAUUGAGGGAUGUCCGAAGUUGCUAGUGCAGACCAAUGCUGAUGAUAGCAGGCAGACAGUACUACUUUCUAAUGCUGAUAAAGAAGGCCAGUUGACAGUGAAGGUGCAAGAAGAGCUGAACGAAUUAAGCAGCAAAAUUGAUUCUAGUGAGGGCCUUGUUGCCAUUCAUCUUUGCCGACGUGGAGCUAUCUAUCUGAAAUUGAAUCAACUGGAAAUGGCUUAUCAAGACAUAACUAAAUCUCUUAAACUAGAGCCACAGUUGAUGGAUGGUUAUUGGCACCGACACAAUCUUUUGCUGAAGCAGAAAAAACCUAAAGCUGCCAUUGAAGAUCUAAACAAAAUCAUAUCUGGAACUAGCCAACCCAUCAAAGCUUACAAAUCUAGAGGUGAUGUAUACGAGAAAAUUGGUGACAUUUCGAUGGCGAUACUAAGUUAUGACCAAGCUAUUGCACUUAGCCCUACUGAUUAUGAAAGUCACCUCAGAAGAGCAGAACUCUACAUAUUAAAUGGACAACUGUCGUUGGCACACGAUGACUUGAAAACAGCCGUGAAACUCUCACCAGCAAGAACGGAGGCACGCAUGAAGCAGGUGGAGCUUUAUCUCAGUGAUAGGCAGUGGCAGUUGGCUGUCAGUGGUCUGACAGUAAUUCUGGAGCGAGACCCCUACAAUACCAAUGCUCUGCUGCUGAGAGGACAGGCACUGAUACAACAGGAAUCUUGGCAAAUGGCUCUGCGAGAUGUCUCUGCUGUGGUGCACCUCGAUCCGUGUAGUAGUAAAGCAUUUUACCAUCGAGGCUGCUUACUUCGAAAGGUUGAUUCAAGGCGGGCCUUGCAAGAUCUUAGCGUAUCCUUGCUACUGGAUCCAGGACCUGAUAAUGUGAUGGCAUAUUUUCACCGUGCAAUCAUCUAUCAUUCUAUCAGCAAGUACGAGGCAUCUAUUCAUGAUUUCAUACAGGCUGUUAACCUGGACCACUCACUUGUAGCAGCUCUAGUAAACAUCGGCAUCAUCUACAUGCUGAAAAAGAAAGACUGUUAUAAGGCACUAAAGUACUUCAUGAUGGCUGUCAGGGAAGACCCAACAAACAUCAGAGCAAGAUUAUGCCGUGCGAAGGCUUACAGACUGAUGAAGAUGCACAGAAAGGCGUUGUCAGAAAUCACACAGAUUAUACACUUACGGCCUGAUGUUCUGCAGUAUUACAUGUAUAGGGGUGACCUGCUAUUUGAGUUGGGAGACCUAGAGCUGGCAAGAUUCUGUAUAGAACAAGCAGCAGAGCUCAACCUUGGUCUCCGCAACUCACCCUCCCAGGAAGCAGUUGUGCAAUCGUUCCUUGGAAACCAUGCUAAAGCCAGUGAAGUGUUAAAAAUGGCCUUGCAAAGACAGCCACAAGCACACCACUGGCUGCUCCUUGGUAAUGCACAAAUGAAGGCUGGAGAUUUUGUGGAAGCAGUUGAGAGUCUGGAGCAGGCAUUGCUCGUGCAUGGCUCCAAGUGGUCAACGCACCAGGAAUCAGUGCAGAGGAAGGCAGCACAGCAGCUGACCACAGCAGAUCUGACAGAUGCACACUACAGCUUGGGCAUUAGCCACAUAGAGCUGGGGAACCACAACCUUGCGCUGGACUACCUCAAUAAUGCUCUCACAGGCAACCAAAGAUUUGCAUUAGCUCAUUUCCACAAAGGUGAAUUGGAGUUGGAACAAGGGAAAAAGAAGGGCAUGUUCAGCACUAGUAAAGCAUUAGCAGUCAACCCAAGUCUGUUUCAGGCCUUUCUCAGCAGAGCAGCAUUCUAUAGUCUCGAAGGGAAAUACAGCAAGGCCAUACUCAACUGCAACGAAGCUAUAAAAUUGCGACCUGAUUGUACCCGUGCAUAUUUAUACAGAGGAGCACUAAAAUACAAAAUUCAAGCAUAUAAAUUGGCUGUGUCAGAUCUUACUAAAACUAUUGAACUGGACAAGAAGUGCGCUGUUGCCUACUUCAAUAGAGCGAUAUGUCUUCAACAAUUAAAAAUGUAUCAAAUGGCAGUGCAAGACUUCAGCUUGGUGUUGUUGCUAGACAAAGCAGGCAAGCUGAAGCUUAGAGCUGUGACAAACAGAGCUCUUCUCUACCUCCACAUCGGCGAUACUGAGGCAGCACUGUACGACAUGGUACUAGCUCAUGAUAUGUGCCCAUAUGAUCCCGUCAUAAUCCACACACUCGGGGUGUGCUAUCACAGGCUUCAGCAGCUGCAAACUGCAGUGCUCUGUUUCUCUGAUGCUGCCAAACUAGACAAAUUCAUGCUCGAAGCUUACGUGGGUCGUGCAAAUGCGCUCAUGGAUUAUGGAUCUGACAGUGCCCAGUUUUGGGCAAGGAAAGACUAUGAACGAGUCUUGAGGCUCCAACCAACCUACCUUCCAGCAAGGAUUGCUCUAGCUUUUAACCUGCAGGCUGCAGGCAAGUUCCAGAAAGCUUGGAAUCAUUUAUCUAUUGCCGUCAGCCUAGAUCCAGGAUAUGCCCCGGCAUUGGAAGCACGUGCAGUUGUCUGCUUGCAGAUGUCUAACAAAUUCGCUGCCCUGCAGGACAUGAACACGGCUGUUCAUUUGUCUCCUAGCCCAGCACACUUGUCAAACCGUGGUGUCAUACAGCAGAGUAUUGGUGACAUGAGGAAUGCAGUCGAAGACUUUCAGGCUGCAGUGAGAAAGGAUCCCACACACGCACUAGCUCACUACAACCUGGGCAACGUGUAUUUAUCCAACCGUCAGUACAAGCAGGCUGCUGCUGAAUAUACCAUGGCACUUGAGAAGAAACCUGCGGACGAUGCGAUGUUUAUGAACAGGGCUCUUGCUAAGGUCAUGUUGAAAGACACAAGCGGGGCACUUGAUGACUUAGAAAAGGCUGCCAAACUGGCUUCACAGAAUGGAUCCAUUUACUUCAACAGAGGCAACCUGUAUUAUACAUUACAGCAGUAUGAACUAGCAGAACUGGACUACAGCACAGCCCUGGCUUUGCAGCCUGGAGAUCCUAUAUUGCUACAGUGCAGAUCCCUAGCUCGAGGUAAGCUUCACAGAUUCACUGAUGCCAUGGUAGACCACCAGAGUGCACUCUGUUCAGUCGAGUAAACCGAUUAUAUGGCGGUGAAAUAAAAAGAUGAAAAUGUGUAGAAAAGACAUCUUUGUUCAACCCAUAAGCUUCAGAUAGACAUGAUAUACUCAUCACGUCAUGAUUUAGACAUUCUAACAGCAAGAGGCAAUCUGAAUAGUCCUAGUGAUACACACAUUAGUUUUACCAUUGUUGUCUGCUGUUCUAUUGGAUAUGUCAGUUUGGGUUAUUUUCAUUUAUACAUCCAACAGUUUACAUAUAGGCAUUUUGCUUGCAACAUUCAUAUCAUAUAGAGCUAAUAUUAUCUUUUAUUCUAUCUAGCGUACUUUAAAUUAGUCACACAAACAAUGUAUUUAUCGAUGCAAAAACGAUUUUAUUAUCAAGAUCUUUUGGUAUCCUUAUAUGGUCACAGAGCUAUGAGCAGUACACUCUUUUAUUAUUCUACAGUGCGUCUAAACCUCUAUAAGCUAGUGAUUUGUGACAUGCAUAUAAUCUUGUUGUCUCAUGUUAUGAAGAUCAUCAAGUAUGGAUUCAAGUUGCAUUGUUCUAAUGUAAACUAUCGUACAUAGCAACUACUACUCCUUAUAAUAGUAUAUGAGGUAUAUUGGGGCAACAAGAGCACCACCAAUCUCUCUGGUUCAUGUACUCUCCUUAUCAAUAGCAGCCUAUAUAUAUAUAUAUAAAUAUAUAUAUAUAUAUAUAUAUAUGUAUAUAUAUACACAUAUAUACCAUUGCCAGCUAAUAUAAAGUUUUAUAAUAAUAUAGUAUCUAUAGUAUUGUAACUAUUGAAAGUUGCUGUUACAAAUCUAUGCACAAUUGUAGUAUAUAUAAUCUUGUCUAGUGAUCAGUUGUUGUUUUUCAAUUCAAACUGUAUUGAUUAAUACUCAUACUGCAUUAACUAUAUGCACUUCAAUAGUGAGGUUACAAUGUGCUAUAAUGUAACUUCCAUACAAUAAAAGAGCAAGUUCCUUUAAAACCUUA